AACACCAAUUUAUGCAAUUAUCUUAAAAUAGCAGUGAAUUUGUGGAACCGAACUACCUAUAAAUACCACCCGGGCCUCUUCGCUCCCCUUGCUCAAAACCAAUUUCCUCCCUUCCAACUUCGAAACAGGGGAAACGGAGACAGAGCAAGAUGGAUAAGAGCCGCACAAUCCAAUUCAUUAUGUGGGUUCGGGAGAUGCUGAGCGGAUGGACAACAAGGGCUCGUGGAUCUCCGGCGACCACCGCUUCCAGUUACCCGCCGGACGUCCCGGAGGGGCAUCUAGCCGUGUGCGUGGGAAGCAGAAAACGCAGAUUUGUGGUGAGAGCUUCGCAUCUCAACCAUCCGGCUUUCAGAAAGCUGCUAAUCGAAGCGGCAGAGGAGUACGGGUAUUCUCAUCCUGGUCCGCUCUCGCUUCCCUGCGAAGAAACCCUUUUCCUACACAUACUUUAUCAGAUCUCAUCCUCCUACGCUUCCCUGUUCCCUGAAGCCGGCGGGGAGAGAUCCUGGAAAGCUGAAAAGUAUCAGAUCUUAAUGGCGGAGAAGGAGAUGUGGUUUGUGGCGGGAGAUUCGAAUUCUGCGCGCGGUAGAAGAUCGGAGCGUCUCGCUGUGGCCUGAGAUUUGAGGGUUAGAGGAGGAUAUGAGCUUUUUUUUUUGAAAUAGGAUGUUGAUCAUGUAAUUAAUCUGAUUGUUUCGGGGUAAAUUAUGAAAAAAUUG